AUGUCGCGUGCGGAGCGGUUCGAGCAGGUGCGCGGCCGGCCGCCCGCUCUCGCCCGAUGUCCGAGUACGUCUGUCCUGUGUCCCUUCGCGCGAGGGCUCCGCGGCCUCGUGUCCAACUCGCGCCGUCUCGCUCAGCCGGCCGACUACGGUGAAUCUCACCACCACCCUUGCCAACUAGCUUCUGUCGGUAAAUCUUUGUUUCAGAGAGCCCGCCACCUCUGUGAUGCUGCCCACCUCAGCGGGGAACUGCAGCAUGUCAAGUGGGUACUACGUAACAACAAGCUGCAGGCGCCUCCACAGCACCACAGGAGUCGAACGAAGCCACACACAGUUGAAAGACAACCGGCCUACCUACCAUAUGUGAAGGGAGUUACUGACAGAAUUGGAAGAAUCCUAAGACGAGCUUCAAUUAAAACUAUAUAUAAGCCGCACAAGAAGAUAAACCAAUUCUUGAGACCAAUUAAAAGUAAUAUUCCUCUACAAGAAGCAGGCGUGUACAAGUUAGACUGUGAUUGUGGUCUCUCAUACAUCGGCCAAACAAAAAGAAGCAUUGCUAACCGACUGAAGGAGCACAUUGCGGAUAUCAAGCAUCGGCGUCACAAAAAGUCUGCGGUAUGUGAACACACACUGGACAACAACCACUUCAUAAGAUUUGACCAACCACAAAUCCUUGCCAGAGAAAAUAAAUUUUUUCCAAGACUUGUGCGCGAGGCUAUUGAAAUUAAAAAACAUCCAAAUUUCAAUAGAGAAGAUGGUUUGAAACUCUCUAACACCUGGGAUCCUGUUAUUAAGAAUUUAAAAUCCCAUGUCAAACGUACCAAAAGACUAGAAGACACGAUCAGCCAAUACUGCCAACAUCCGGAAAAAUACUCCACAUACCAACUACGGAGGAAUAGGUGGAGGUAGUUUACAAAUAACAAUUUUUGAAUGACCGUCAAGACGUACAACAUCUCAGUCUCCCCGUGACCACGCUCGCUGUAAAGUGUUCGAAA